UGUCUCAUCCUUCCGAAUCCUCUCGGAGUUUCCCUUCAGGCUAACCACAGCUCAGAGGAGCGCUUCCUGCUGAUGGGUUUCACCGACUGGCCCUCCCUGCAGCCGGUCCUCUUCGCACUGGUCCUUCUCUGCUACCUACUAACGCUGACAGGCAACGCGGCGUUGGUGCUGCUGGCCAUCCGCGACUCGCGCCUACACACUCCCAUGUACUACUUCCUCUGCCACUUGGCUCUGGUGGAUGUGGGCUUCACCACUAGCGUGGUUCCACCGCUGCUGGCCAGCCUGCGCGGGCCUGUGCUGCAGCUGCCGCGCGGCUGGUGCCUGGCGCAGCUGUGCUCGUCCCUGGCCCUGGGCUCUGCCGAGUGCGUGCUGCUGGCGGUCAUGGCGCUGGACCGCGCGGCCGCCGUGUGCCGCCCGCUGCGCUACUCCGCGCUGGCCUCGCCGCUGCUGUGCCGCACGCUGGCCGGCGCCUCCUGGCUCGGUGGCCUGGCCAACUCCGCGGCGCAGACCGCUCUGCUGGCCGCGCGUCCGCUGUGCGCGCCACGCCGUCUGGACCACUUCAUCUGCGAGCUGCCCGCGCUGCUGCAGCUGGCUUGCCGAGACGGCCGCGGCGCCACGGAGCGCCAGAUGUUCGCCGCGCGCGUGGUCAUCCUGCUGGUGCCUUCUGCGGUCAUCCUGGCCUCCUACACCGCCGUGGGCCGCGCGGUCUGGGGCAUGCAGUCCCGCGCCGGCUGGCGGAAAGCCGCGAGCACUUGUGGCUCUCACUUGACCGCUGUCUGCCUGUUUUAUGGCUCCGCCACCUACACCUACCUGCAACCCACGCACAGUUACAACCAGGGCCGCGGCAAGUUCGUCUCGCUCUUCUACACGGUGGUCACACCCGCGCUCAAUCCUCUCAUCUACACGCUGCGAAACAAGGAAGUGAAGGGGGCGGCGCUGAGGCUCUUGCGAAGUGUGAGGAGGCGGCAGAUAGGACAGUGACAGGGCCCAGAAAUAGGAUGCCCAUAUUGUUUGUCUUUGCAUGGGAAUCUGCAAGUUUUGUCCUUCAGAAUUCCUGGAUUAGCGGAAGGAGACCCCUUUCUCUUGCCGGGUAGGGUUUGAAUUCUUGGGGUGUGGGGGGACCUGAAAUAGAUAAACACGCAUAUAUGGUGGUGGGGUAAAUGACUCUUGGGACUUCCGUGAGAAAGGAAGCAUGAGGAAUAAGGAGGCCAUGUCCUCAGGAGAGUUUGUAGCCGGCCCUGUGGAUUCCACAUGGAGAUAAGACGAUGAGUACCCUGGUGCUGACCUUUAGUUUUCCCCAAGCUUACGAACAAACAAACAAAAAACAUGAAAAAUUCCAUGGCCUCAGCUGUCAGAUGGGGUCCCUCUGGUUAACAAGGAAGUCAUGGGCCCUACCUUACAGAGAUCCCUUCCAGAAACAGGAUAUGGUUUCCAUUUUAGUGGAGCCAGUCUCCAGCUAUUGCAGACUUAGCAAGGUGACCAAUGCCCACUUCAGAACACUACAAAGAAUGUCUGUAAAUACAGGCAGUUGUGCUGGGCCUAAGCUAGGAAUCCCAUCUGCAGAAUAUGAAGAGGAAGGCAUUCAUGAUCAGGCUAUGAGAAAAGCCUGCAUCUGACCAGGAGUGAGACAGAGGAGCAAAGAGAAGAAAGGUGGAGAAAGGGACUCCAGUUCCCAAGACAGGAGCAGCGACCUGCUGAUGAAGGAAGAGCUGUCUGUCAGAAGAACCCAGAAGUCAGCUCCUUCCCUUCCUUAACCAGAGAUGAACUUUUGUUAGGGUUAGACACACCAGAUGGAGAAGAUGCUUGAUUUUAUUUCACAUCAAAUAUCUAGAAAUUAAAAGAUGAUUGAAUG